AUGGGAACACCUCUUCUGGCCCAUAAUUUCCCCCAACGACGAUGCGAUAAAGCCCAAAGAGCACCACAGGGGCCAAAUCAUCCCCCAUCAGCCCGCCUAUCGGGUGGAAACGAUAAAAUUCACAAUCCCCCUGCCUUUGAAUGCGUGGGAAAAGUCAUCUGGAAAGCAGAAGAGCAUGAAAAUUUGGAUAUCGGAACCAUAAUAAAUGAAAUCAACAAUGAUGUGUUCCGUUCAGAAUUGCAAUUCAGCGAAUUCAGUGGAAUCGACAAAUUUCCCUCUGAUCCAAAACUGUGCGAAUUAUGGAUAGAAAGCCUAAAACUGAAGGACGUGACUAACUUUGACACAUUUUGUGUGUGUGAAUUGCAUUUCAAGCAGACUGACUACCUAAGAGGAACAGAACUGAGAUGGAAGCUGAAGAAAGACGCUGUUCCCAGCCUGACAUUACACGGAUGUGAAGAUAGCCCAGAGGAACCUUCUUUAAUAUAUACAGAGGAAUUACAGGUUUCGCCUCGUAUCGACACUUCAGAUCACCUGCACCGAAGCUCUACGCCAAUUCCUGAAAAUAGUCCGACAAACUCGCUGAUUUCUACAGAGAAAUUCGUGAAGAAAUCUCCUGCACGCGUUCAAUCGGGGGUCGAAAGCAGUGCGGAUCCUUCAAAGCAAAGGAUACCGUCAUAUCUCUACGAUACUGGCAAUAUGACUAUAAAGAGAGCCAUGAAUUCAUCAUCAGACGACAGUGACUCGGAUCGUGCGGAAAUUCGCUACAGAAAGUUGAAAACACUCCGGAAAACAGUAGCUGAAAUGAAGACAAAGAUUAAGAAGCUCCAAAAUGAGAGUUCGCACUACAAAAAAUCUUCAAAGCGACUAAGAGAAAUCCUGUCUGGUCUUAAAAAUGGAAAUGUCGUACUGAUGAAGAAACAAUAAACGAGAUUUUCAAA